AUGCAACGUGCCAUGAUGCCCUUCCCGAGGGCAGUCCUCCGCAGAACCACCCUCGGAGCCAUGCCCCUUCGCCACACUGCUACCACCACUACGGCCACACAUGUCCGCUCUUCAUUGCUUUUACAGCGCAACUUUCACGCUUCGAGACAGCGCUUUGCUCAAGAGACCUCAAGCAAGGAGUCCUACGGCACUCGCGUGCGGAAGGCGUGGGAGGAUACACCAAUUAAGUGGUCGCCUAUCCCUAUUGGACUGGGCCUUGCCUUUAUCACCUUCCUGCAGUAUAGCAAGAUUAUCAAGCGCGAGUCCGAAAAGAACCAUGACCCAUCAAAGGCCCUCAUCGUCGGGCCAUGGCAUGUUCAUGUGAUUAGCGAGUUACCAUUGAAGACGAUAUCGAGACUUUGGGGUGCUUUCAACAGAAUUACGUUACCCAUGUGGUUCCGUGUUCCAGGAUUCAAAUUGUACAGCUGGAUUUUUGGAUGCAACCUGGAGGAGAUGAAGGACCCUGAUUUGACACACUACAAGAACCUGAGCGAGUUUUUCUACCGUGAAUUGAAGGAUGGCGCCCGCCCUAUCAAUUUCGAUGCUGCCUUAGUAUCCCCCUCCGAUGGAAGAGUGUUCCAUUUCGGAUUAGUGGAUGGCUCAAGAGUGGAGCAGAUCAAGGGCAUGUCGUAUUCAUUGGACCAAUUUCUGGGAUCGCAGAAGGCUGGCGAGGCCGCAGAGAUCAUCAAAGCUACUCACUCUGCCAACAUUGUCGACGAAGAGGAAUUCGCCGAGGUCAACGGAAUCAGUUACACACUGGACAGCCUUUUGGGCCAUGAUAAGCAGACAACUAUUGAACACAAGAAACAAGACUCGCAGGGAAAUGUCGUGCCCGACAUUGAGGCCGAUCAAAAAUCAAAGACGGGUGAAUACGCGGAAGAGUUGCGGUUGCGUCCAGGAAACGCGCUCUUCUUCUGUGUCAUCUACCUUGCCCCCGGAGACUACCAUCGUUUCCAUUCACCUACCAACUGGGUUGCAGAGACCAGACGUCACUUCUCGGGAGAGCUCUACUCGGUCUCACCCUGGAUGGUGAAGCAGUUGCAGGAUCUGUUUGUGUUGAACGAGCGUGUGGUCUUGUUGGGCAAGUGGCGUCAUGGAUUCUUCUCCAUGGUUCCCGUUGGAGCUACUAACGUCGGAAGCAUCGUCCUCAACUUUGACAAGGAACUUCGCACGAACCGCAGGGAGGAUGUCCAUCACCGUGGACAGGGAGAAUUGGUGUACAGCGGUGUGAGCCGCUUGUUGAACGGCCAGCCCUUGCAUGUUGGAGAGGAGAUGGGCGGCUUCAAGCUUGGAUCGACUGUUGUCCUUGUCUUUGAGGCGCCUGAGAACUUCAAGUUUAUGAUCGAGCCCGGCCAAUAUGUCAAGAUGGGCCAGCCUCUAGGUCAGAUCGAAUAA